CUCCGCGUCUUGCGCCUCAUCAUCACCUCCGCUUCCCAGCAUCGCCUCGCCUUCUCAGGUCAUUAGCAUCUUCUCAGCGCUCACUUGCGCUGUUCGGCUCAUCACUCGAUAGGCUACCGCGUCGUAUUCAGCCUCACUGGACUAUUGGCUCGUCCCGCGUGGGUCUCGCCACCGCCGCCAGCAUGUCCGACUCGCAACUCGAGAGCGGGAAAGCUCUGUCCCUCGCACGCAAGUAUGACGACCAAGGCGAUCUAUCCUCUGCGAUCAAGUGGUGCAAAAAGUCAAUAGCCAUUCAUGCCACACCCGAGGCUCAGGCCCUUCUCACACGGCUGGAGACGAAGGGAGUCAACGGCGCGAGCAGCAGCAAGGCAAGCGGCGCAUCCUCUUCGUCCUCGCCGGCAGGUGGGGCCGGUAUGAAGAGUAGAGCAUCAGGGGCAGAAGCUGGGGGAUCGGCAGAGGCAAAGAAGGCAGACAGGACAUUCACGAAAGAGCAGGCUGCAAUCGUGACCAAGAUCAAGGGCGCUGGUGGGGACUUCUACAAGGUGUUGAGCCUCGAGAAGACGGCUGAUGAGAAUGGUAUCAAGAAGGCAUAUAGGAAGCUGGCAUUACAAUUGCACCCGGACAAGAAUGGAGCCCCAGGUGCAGAUGAGGCUUUCAAACUCGUCUCAAAAGCAUUCACAGUCCUUUCAGAUCCGGACAAACGCGCGCAGUACGACAGGUAUGGCGGUGACCCAGACUCAAGAGGCGGAGGUGGUGGGCCGUCAAUGUCCUCCUUUGCGCAGAGAGCGGGAGGUGGUGGACCACAUAUGUACGCGAGAGGAUUUGGCGGAGAUGAGAUUGACCCUCAAGACCUCUUCAACAUGUUCUUUGGCGGUGGACUGGGUGGGAUGAAUGGCUUCGGCGGAACCACUUUCCACUUUGGCGGACCAGGCGGCAUGGGCCAACGUCAAUUCUAUCGUACAGGUGGCGCUCGUCAGACACGGCAAGCGCGUCCAGGCCAAGCACCAGCGCAAAACCCCAACCUCCUUUGGCAACUUCUCCCCCUCCUUAUCAUGUCUGCUUUCGCCCUCCUUUCCUACCUUCCUUCCCUGCUCGCCCCACAGGAGCCCAGCUUCGCAUGGGCGCCCACGGGACAGCUGAGGGAGCAGAGGGUCACGCAGGGGAAGGGUGUGGCUUACUAUGUCAACCGAAGAGAGUGGGAGGGGAACGAUUUGGUCAAUGGGAGGGUGGCCAAUGCACAAGCUGGGCCUAGGAGUGGGCUUAGAGGCUUCGAGGCCAGGGUCGAAAACUCGUGGAAGAAUGUCCUCUACUCGCAGUGCACGCAUUUCCGCGAGUAUCAAGAGCAGAGGAUCGACCGCACAAAGGGCUUCUUUGGCCUUGGAGCCGACAAGGAGCUCGAGGCUAAGAUUCGCGCUGAGCGUAGCCCUGCGUGUGAGGAGUUGACCAACUUUGGGCUGUUUGUGCCAAUCAGGGCGUGAUGAGGAGCAGAUGGGGAUGUGCAGAAUGGUGGCAAGGAGAAGGGAAGCGACAGACGCGAGAUGAGGGAUAGACGCCCUUGCAGAGACUUCCUACGGCUGCUUUCCCACCAUAUAGACGCU